UAUAUAUAUAUAUAACACAUUGUCCACCCUUCCAUCACAUUAGACCAAGAACAUCAACUUGAUCAGAAAAUCAAAGAGAAAGAGAGAGCGAGAUAGAAUUCUCAGAAGCCAAACAGUUUUUUUUUUUUUAAUUUUUUUUUUUUUUCUCCUUCAAAGAGAUGGGUAACAGUCUAAGGUGUUGUUUGGCUUGUGUUAUACCAUGUGGAGCUUUGGAUUUGAUCCGUAUAGUCCAUUUGAAUGGCUACGUGGAAGAGAUUACAGGUCCAGUCACAGCCGGUGAGAUCCUCAAGGCCAAUCCUAACCAUGUCCUGAGCAAACCAUGCUCUCAAGGCGUUGUCCGCAAGAUUUUGAUACUCUCGCCGGAGUCAGAGCUUAAAAGAGGCAGUAUAUACUUCUUGAUCCCGGCUUCUUCAGUGCCGGAGAAGAAAAGAGCCGGCAAAACCCUCAAAAAAUCUACCAGAAAAACCAAGAAAGCCAUUAGUAGCAAUAAUAAUAAUAAUAAUAUUGCCUCGGAUUGUGACCGGUACCUCACGGAUAUUAUCUCCGAGAAGAAACACUCACGCCGGGAUCGCCGGAGCGGCCGUGUCGGUGUAUGGCGGCCUCACCUUGAGAGCAUCUCGGAAGACUAACAUUUUUCCCGGUGCCGGAAUUUGACAUUUUUUUCCGGUGAUGAUCAAAAGUGAUUUCAAUCAUGGAAUGGGUCCGGUUUUUCUUUUUAAAUGUACGUGGGGGUAUUGGUUUUUGUGGAUAAUAUUAAUUUUUCUCUCUUUUUUUUUUUUUUUUUUUUUUUCGGUCUGCGUGUAAUAAUGGCAGAUUCGGAAUUUCCACCGCUCAAGAGAUCAAAAUCUGUUUGUUUCUCAAGAAAAUAUUAUGAGAGAGAGAAAACGGAUGUACUAAACAAAUUGUAUUUACCCUUUUUCAAGUUGUAAGUAAAUAUAUUUUCCCUCUUUCUUC